GAAUACUGUAUAAUGGAAUAAAAAGAUAUUCGUUUUCUUUUAGUAAAAGUUCAAUUAUCUCGAGCGUUCUUAUACCUUUCCAGUCUCUUUAUAUAGUGCCCACUUCCUCAUUAGCAUUCUACAGUCUGCACACUUAUCACUUCUUUCGAAAUCUCUCUCUAUCCCUCUCAAAAAUGAAGCUCUCUGUGCGUUUUAUCUCCGCUGCUCUUCUCUUGUUCAUGGUAUUCAUUGCCACAGGGAUGGGUCCAGUCACCGUGGAGGCACGCACGUGUGAGUCAAAAAGCCAUAGGUUCAAGGGUCCAUGUGUGAGCACACACAACUGUGCAAACGUGUGCCACAACGAAGGCUUCGGCGGAGGUAAAUGCCGUGGAUUCCGUCGUCGUUGCUACUGCACAAGACACUGCUGAUCCAUCCAUUCUCAUGACUCAAAUCUUCGAUCCAUCGUCAGUGUGUUACUUCUUUCUUAUCUAAAUCUUCCGUACGGUACCAUGUCGUACCGUACAUGAGUGUUUUCUCGAAUAAGUCAUUGGUUUGUGUGUUUCCGGUUUUAAUGUAAUGUUAAAUCAAUUAAUGGCUUUUAAUAUAUUGUAUUAUGGAUCUCAAUCUAAAAGUUUUUAAUAACCGGAGUCUGCAAAGUAAAUCACAAUAAUGCUCGAAUAGAAUUGAGAGAACCGAUCGAUUAUAUAGAGUUAAUCUGGUUAGAAAUU